UUUUUAAAUUGUGGGUUCAAAAUCAUGACUAAAGUGGGAAUAAACGGUUUCGGGAGAACUGGUAAAUCACUGUUAAAAGCUAUACUGGAAAGACAACCUAUAAAAAUGAAACCAAUGGCAAUAAACGAUCCAGCUCUGCAAAGUCCAAAACAUGCCGCGUAUAUUUUAAAAUACGAUUCAGUUUAUGACAGGUUUUACGGAAAAGUUUGCUACGAUGAAAAGCAUUUAAUCGUUAACGAUGAAAAAAUUUUGAUUUUCGCAGAAGCAGAUAGUAAAAAGAUUCCCUGGAGCCAAUCUGAUGUAGUUUAUGUAGCAGAUUGUUCAGGCAAAAAUACCACAUUAAAAACUGCAAGUCAACAUUUAACAGGAAAAGUUAAAAAAAUUAUCGUUGCAGGUAAUUCGAAGGACAUAUCGAUGUUUGUCAUGGGUGUGAAUCACAUGGAAUAUAAUCCAUCAGAAAAAGUUAUUUCUAUGGCUUCCUGCUCUACAAACUGUUUGGCACCACUUGUAAAAGUAAUGCACGAAAAAUUUGGAAUAAGGGAAGGAUUUGUAACUGUAGUCCAUGCGAUCACAAACGAACAAAACCUUCUAGACGGUAUGUCUAAUAAGUCCUGGCGUAUAGGAAGGUGCUCUAUACUAAAUAUAAUACCAGAUAAAUCAUGUUGCAUCGAAGGCAUUGGGGGGAUUAUACCAGAUCUAAAAGAAAAAAUUUCAGGUAUAACAAUGAAAGUUCCCAUUACUAUAGGAUCAGUGGUAGAUUUUACUGUAAGAGUAUGUAAGAAGACCAAAUUAUCAGAAAUAAACGAUGAGAUGAAACAAGCCUCCCUAUGUGGGUUAAAUGGAAUUCUUGAUUAUACGGAAGAAGAACUUGUUUCCUCAGAUUUUAUUAAAUGUUCCAGUUCGGCAAUAUAUGAUGCCUCAGCAAGCGUACAACUGAACGAGAGGUUUUUCAAAUUAAUCGCAUGGUUUGACAACGAAUAUGGCUAUGCGUGUAGAUUGGCAGACUUUUUGGCAUACAUCGCAACCACAGAUGACGAAUGCCAGUGCAAAAAAAAUUUAAAAUCUUGUGAAGCACAAAAUGCAAAUACGAACGAAUUAAAAAAAUAAAAAAAAUUGAAAACGA